AUGCAGCUCACGACCCUCGCCGCCGGCCUCCUGGCCCUCGCUGCCUCCGCCUCGGCGACCCCCGUCAUGGGCACCAUCAAGAUGUUCUUCGACCGGGACUCCGACUGCACCGGCACGCCGAUCCCCAUCAACGGCGACGGCUCGUCCGUGGCGAUCCCGCCCGACUACGUCGGCCAGUGCCACGGCAUCCCCGCCGGCUUCGGCAACAAGACCUACAAGAGGUUCUCCGCCAGCGGCUUGACCCCGAUCUUUAGCUUCGAGCUGUACACGGACUCCGAGUGCCAGAACCUCGCCACCAACGCCUCCAACGUCUGCGUGUCCGACGUCAAGUCUUACAUCGGCCGUCGCCGGGACGGCAACUGA